AAAUUUGCAAGCAUCUCUUCUAAUGGACUUGGAGUAAAUGUUUCAAACCAAGAUGGUUUUACACCAUUGCAUAUGGCUGCGCUGCACGGACACUCUGAACUUGUCUCUCUCUUGUUGAAACAUGGAGCUAGUGUCAGUGCCAAGGACGCGAAACAUGCAGUUCCUCUUCAUCUAGCCUGCCAGAAAGGUCACUUCCAGGUGGUAAAGUGCCUGAUGGAUUACAAUGCUAAACACAAUAAAAAGGAUAUAUAUGGAAAUACUCCUUUAAUUUAUGCGUGCUUGAAUGGUCAGUAUGAAACUACUGCCUUGUUAUUACAGCAUGGAGCUUCUGUUAAUCUUUCUAAUGCCAAAGGAAAUACAGCCCUGCACGAGGCCGUGAUAGGAAAGAAUGAAGCUCUGGUAGACUUACUGCUUCAGAACGGUGCAAUGACACACAUAAGGAAUGAAAGGAACUGUACCCCUGCGGACUGUGCUGAGCCGAAUUCAAAUAUCAUUAAAUUGCUGGAAACAGCACCGAGCCAUGUCCCUGCAGCAGCAGAGAGAGAAAAGGAGCGCGAGGGGCAUGCCACUGUCAAGAUAAGAAAGAAAGUGAAUUCUAAGCCAUGUGAGAAAGCCGAUGAUCCCAUAAGCAGACAACUUCAACUGGUCCAAUCAAUUAACAGAUUUAACAAAGCAAAACAUUUACGGAAAACAAUAACAAGAGAUAAAAGUGUCCCUAAUUUUGACUAUCAGUUAUUGCAUCAGUUAGCUAUUAAAAGCUUUGAUAAAACCAAGUUAAAAUCUGUUGAAACGCUGGACCAGAGCGAAGUUAAGAUUAUUGACAUGGGAUGCAGCGGUGAGUUCGUGAAACAUGAUGACAUGAUAGAAGUUCCGCACAGGAGUAAAUUAAUGCACCGAAGACACACCGUUAAUGUGCCACUUUCAGCAGAGAAUGUCAGCGAUAAUAGUUUAUCCAGCCCUAGAAAUCCCAGUAUUUCACAAUCAACAGACUGCUGUGAUGACUUGCUGUCAAAACAUUGACAAGGAAGUGCGAAUUUGAUGUCAAAAGCUGAGGAACUAGGUGGUGUUAAUUUCAAUAACCCUUCCCCGUGUGUCAGGGAAUUCCGUGAUGCUUGCAAGCCUGCCUUCAGAACAGAAUACUAGGAUGACUCUCCAGCAGAAAUGGAAUGUUCCUCGCACUUCAGAUGACUGAAUCCUCU